AUGGCCGACAAUGGUGCCAGCGCCGCACCGGCGGACGAGACGGAGGAGACGCAGCCGAAGCCGAAGAUCGACCCCAAGCAUUGGAUCACCAUAUUUAAUUUCAUUAGAGUCUUGUCAUAUGCCACGGCAUGGGACAGACUGGUGCUCAUCGUGUCAGUGGCUGCCGCCGUCGGCGCCGGCUUGACGAUGCCUUUGAUGAACAUUCUGUUUGGCCAGCUUGUCGGUGUCUUCACCGGCUUCUUCAAACAAGGCUCCGACGAGACGGAACAGGAGUUUCUCGACGCUGUCAAUGUCGGCGUCUUGUACAUGGUGUACUUGUUCCUCGCAAGACUAUGUCUGACCUACAUCGCCAACCUCGGUUUCCGCAUGACCAGCCUCCGCAUCUCAGCUGUCAUACGCUUGACUUACUUGCGGACCCUGUUCACGCUUCCAAUCUCCAUGCUCGAUAUGCUCCCUCCUGGUCAGACAGCCGCCAUCAUCACCACGACGGCGAGCAUUCUCCAGAACGGCAUAUCCGAAAAGAUGGGCCACUUCUUCUCCAGCAUCGCCACCGUUGUCGCAGGCUUCUGCAUUGCCCUCUCCUAUAAUUGGAUGCUUACCCUCGCCACGAGCACGGGUCUCGUGUUCAUUGCCAUCGUCUAUCUGCUCUCCGCGCCGCCGGUAGUACGUAUCAUGGGCGAAGUGCAGGCAGUUGAGGUGCAAGCCGCGUCCGUCUCAACCGAAGCAUUCUCGUCGUGGAGGAUGCUAGCAGCUUGUGGAGCGGAAGGUAAGAUGGCAGCAAGGUAUGCGAGCUUUGUAGACGAGACAAGGCAUAAGGGUUUCGGGCUGGCGUGGAUCGUAGCGGCGCAACAGUCUCUGAGUGAUACUUUUGCCCUGGCCUUUUGGUAUGCCUUCAUGCUAUACUCCAUGAUGGCCAUUACCAGCCCCGAGCCUUUGAUUGUCGUACUUCUAUGCGUCAUGGUCAUGGCCUCCUCUAUCGGACAGAUCACGGCGCCUCUCUCUGCCGCGUCCCAAGCUGCGUCAGCCGGCGCCAUCUUUCACACAAUCAUUGACGCCCCAAAGACAACGUACGGGACACUCAAGGCGCCUGAAGUCUCAGCCGACGGCGACAUUGUCCUAGAAAACGUCAAUUUUGUCUAUCCGACUCGUCCGGACGUCAAGGUUCUGGAAGGCCUUAACCUUUGCUUCCCAGCCGGCAAAGUCACGGCAAUAGUCGGUCCCUCUGGCUCCGGCAAAAGCACCAUCGUCGGCAUCCUGGAAAGAUGGUAUGAAUUCAACGGCGAUCCCGUCACGAACCAACUAGUACGCUGCAAUCGGAACCCUCCCUGGUACGCUUCAUGGCUAACAAGUCAGGUUCUCUGGCUCCGCAACGGUCUCGUCACCGUAGGCGGCCACAAGCUCAGCGACAUCGACCCCAAAUGGUGGCGCAACCAGAUCGGCCUGGUUCAGCAGGACAAUGCUCUGUUCAACACAACCAUCUACAAAAAUGUCGAGCACGGCCUCAUCGGCACAGAGUGGGAGUGCGAAGUCGACCACGUCAAGGCCCAGCUCGUCGAGGAAGCGUGCAGAGAUGCUUUCGCCGACGAGUUCAUUGCCCGCCUGCCUGAUGGUUACCAAACAGCCGUUGGCGAGUCUGGCAUCAAGCUCAGCGGUGGCCAGCGCCAGCGCCUUGCUAUCGCGCGCGCCAUUGUCAAGAAGCCCAAGGUUCUCAUCCUCGACGAGGCAACAUCCUCCAUCGAUGUGCGCAGCGAGCAAAUUGUCCAAGCGGCCCUCGACCGGGCCUGCAGAGGACGCACGACGAUUGUCAUCGCACAUCGUCUCGGCACCAUCAAGAAGGCGCAUAAUAUCAUGCUCCUGCGCCAUGGCAAGGUAAUCCAGCAAGGAACGCACGAGAGCCUCAUGGAGGAGGUCGGUGGUGCAUAUCACGCGCUCGCUACAGCGCAGCAGCUGGACAUGGGAAGUGGUGCGCACAGCGACCUGGACAGCUCAUCAUGUGAUCUAGGGACGGGGGAAAAGUCAGCUUAUGCCGAAGAGACAGACAUUCUGGGAGAGUUUGACGAGAAGGCGGUCAGUCAAGAUAGGCGAUCACGGCGGAGGAGCCGGGAUAGUUGGCGUGGUCUAGACUUUGACGAUGACGACUCUGGCGACGACCUGCUUGAUGCUGAGGAGUCACUUCUAAGGGUCAUUAAAGGCCCGGACCAGCGACCAGGCAGAUUCGACCGCCUGUUACGACCUUUUGGUAGCUUUGGUACCCUUCUGUCUGAGCAGACAUCCAGAUGGCCGGUAUAUACCGUGAUUCUCAUUGGAGCAUUGGGUGCUGGAGCUAGCACGCCAUUACAGGCAUACCUCUUCGCCAACCUUGUCUCACUUUUCUCAUUUUGGGGAAGCUUUCUUAUGGAGAUGGCAGACUACUGGUGUCUCUGGUUCUUCUACCUUGCCGUCGGCGUCGGCCUCAGCUACCUCGCCCUCUGCUGGUCCACCACCAGCAUAGGCUUCGGCAUAACCCGUGCGUACCGCAAGGAAUACUUUGCCAACAUGCUCUCCAAGUCCGCCUCCUUCUUCGAUGCAGAGACAAACUCGGCUGGCGCCCUCACCGCCCGCCUCGCCACGGACCCAACACAGCUCCAGCAGCUCCUGGGCACCAACAUGGCAUUCGCUCUUGUAUCCGUCUUCAACGUUGUGGGCUGUGUCGUCGUCGGCCUUGUCUUUGGUUGGAAGCUUACCAUUGUGGCGCUGUGCACCUCGACACCCCUCAUCGUCGCGGCCAUGUACUACCGCGUGCGACACGAGAUGGGGUUCGAGGCGAUGAACAACGCCGUCUUCGCCGAGAGCGCCAAAUUCGCGUCGGAGAGCAUCGCUGCCAUGAGGACGGUGUCCAGUCUGACGAUGGAGGCUGGCAUCUGUGGACGGUACGAGAACCUGUUGCGCGACCAUAUUGGUGCCGCGUUUCGCAAGUCAGUCUUCUCGGUGAUGCUGUUCUCCUUCAGUGAUAGCAUCUCCCUUCUGUGCAUGGCAUUUGUGCUCUGGUACGGAGGUCAUCUGCUUGCUCGACAUGAAUAUUCACCUUUCCAGUACAUGAUCGUGUAUAUUGCAGUCGUUCAAGGCGGCAUGAGUGCGGGGCAGUGGCUGAGCUAUGGUCCGAAUAUUGCGAACGCAACCGCUGCAGCUGACCGAAUCCUGGCGAUGCGAGAACACGAUGACGACGAUGUGGAUGCAGAUAGCGUGGGCUCCCGACAACUGGACGACGUCCCUGAUGAAAAGGGGGUUCACGUCGAGUUCAAGAACGUCUGGUUCAACUACCCAACACGGCCGGGGCCAGUGUUGAAGGGACUGAGCCUCCAGAUCAAAAGGGGCCAAUUUGCCGCCAUCGUCGGUCCAUCAGGCUCUGGCAAGACCACAGUCAUCUCCCUCCUCGAGCGCUUCUACUCUGUCGAGACAGGCACUAUUGCUAUCAACGCCCAAAAUAUCCUCUCCCUCAACCUCCGCACCCACCGCUUAAACCUCUCUCUCGUCUCCCAGGAAGCCAACAUCUUCAGCGGCAGUCUCCGCGCCAACAUCCUCCUCGGCGUGCCCAACGAGUCCUCCGUUACGGAUGCAGACCUCCAUCGCGCUGCUCGCGACGCAGGACUCCAUGAUUUCAUCGCCUCCCUGCCCGAGGGCUACGAUACGCCCGUCGGCGCCGCGGGCGUCGCUCUUUCAGGUGGCCAAAAACAGCGCGUGUCCAUCGCCCGAGCGCUCAUCAGGCGGCCGGAGCUUCUUCUCCUCGACGAGGCGACGAGCAGCCUCGAUAGCGAGACGGAGAGGGAGGUACAGGCUGUCUUUGAUGCGGCAAAAGGGCAGAGGACCAUGAUCACGGUUGCGCACAGGCUUGCUACCGUGCAGAAUGCCGAUAUCAUCUUCGUCAUGGCCGACGGACAGAUCGUCGAGAAGGGAGAUCAUGCAGCACUCAUUGCGAAGAGGGGAAUGUAUUUCCAGAUGGUGAGUCCUACUUGGCAAAUUGCUCCUGUUUAA